CCUAGGAGACAGCAGUGCUGAGCUUCGGAAGAACAGGUGCUGCCAAAUCCUGAGAAAGGCAGGAUCUUGAGACACCAUCCUGGGAGUCCCACCAUCAUGGCUGUGACUGCAGUUAGCGAGAAGGCUUUUCAAAGGAGAAGCAAAGUUGUUGUGUGGCUGUCAUUUCUCCCCCUUCCCUGGACUCCCCAUCUGGAAUGAUUCAGUGAACACCUAAAACCUUUCAGUCAACAAAUCUUGUGUGACCCGAAAAAUGGAGAAGCAUCUGAAGAAUAUUAUUGUGGUUUCAGUUGGAUUCUUGUUUCUAUUUACUGCUUAUGGAGGGCUCCAGAGCUUGCAGAGCAGCCUCCACUCUCAAGAAGGCCUGGGCGUUGCCUCCCUGAGUGUUGUCUAUGCAGCCCUUAUCCUCUCCUCCAUGUUUCUCCCACCGAUCCUCAUUAAGAAGCUUGGGUGCAAGUGGACCAUUGUGGGCUCCAUGUGCUGCUACAUCACGUACUCUUUGGGAAACUUCUACGCCAGCUGGUACACACUGAUCCCCACAUCUAUGAUCUUGGGGCUGGGAGGAGCACCACUCUGGUCAGCCAAGUGCACAUAUCUCACCAUCGCUGGAAACUCAUAUGCUCAGAAAGCAGGGAAAAUUGCGAAAGAUAUUGUCAACCAGUACUUUGGAAUAUUCUUUCUGAUAUUCCAGUCCUCUGGAGUAUGGGGAAAUCUUAUAUCAUCCCUUGUAUUUGAGCAGACUCCCAACCGAGUGGAACACUCAGAUGCAGAUCUGUGCUGUGGUGCAGAACAUUGCACGGGGUUAAAUGCUACAAACAGCACUGUGGCUCAAAAAAAACCACACGAUACCUUAAUCUACACUCUGUUGGGAAUCUACACAGGCAGUGGGGUACUAGCUGUGUUGCUAGUUGCUACUUUUCUGGAUCGGAUCACAGACGACCAAGCAGAGGGUGAGAAAAAGGAGACACCUUCCUUGUGCUUCACUUUCAUGGCAACAUUGCGGCAUCUUAAAGAUAAACGCCAGUGUCUCCUGAUUCCCCUGACCAUGUACAGCGGGUUUGAACAAGGAUUCCUUGCUGGCGACUACACCAAGUCCUAUGUGACCUGUGCCCUUGGGAUAAAUUUUGUCGGCUAUGUGAUGAUCUGCUUCUCGGCUGCAAAUUCGCUGUGCUCCCUGCUCUUUGGGAAGAUUUCCCAAUUCACUGGCAGAAAAAUUCUAUUUGCAAUGGGUGGAUUUCUCAACCUUGCCUGCAUAAUAGGGCUAUUGCUCUGGAAACCUCGCCCAAGCCAUCUUGCCCUGUUCUUCGUAUUCCCUGCCCUCUGGGGUGUGGCUGAUGCUAUCUGGCAGACGCAGACCAAUGCUCUCUAUGGAGUGUUAUUUGAAAAGCACAAGGAGGCCGCCUUUGCUAAUUAUCGCCUGUGGGAGUCUCUGGGAUUUGUCAUCGCCUUUGGUUACAGCACGUUCUUAAGUGUCAGCGUCAAACUUUAUAUUGUGCUGGCUGUACUGGUGGUGGCCAUGGUUUGCUAUGCAGCUGUCGAGCACCUGGAAUCAAAGUCCUCUCCUGGUCCUGAACCACCCAGUAUCUCAAAGCAGGAGCCAAACGAACUAGCUGAGAAAGAUCCGCAAACCGAUUUGUAGUCCAGCAAAGCAAACCUCUGUAAGGCCAAGCAAAUGGCCCAAUCCAAAAGUGCCUAAUUUUGCUCAUGUGCAUUUUGUAUGGGCUACCAGAGAGUCGUGCUGAUAUUGAAAGAGUCAGCACAUCACAGGACUGGUGCCACAGGUGGCUUCUCAAAAGGCUCGGCACCAAGGAAGGCUACCAAGGAGGCCGUGAUUUGUGCAAUAUGUAAAUGGAAACUUCAAUUCUUUCGAACUGGUGCAAAAUGUACAUAGGAAUUUUUUUUUCUGCCGAUACAAUAAUGUCUUCAAUUAAGACAGUACAGUACUAGGGACCUUGUCUUCUUGCUACUGGUGACA